AUGUGUCAUGCUACCCCUGAACAAACGACUUGUAGUGCUCCUGAAUGCGAUCGUCCAAUUUAUGUUGAAAGAAACGGAACACGCCACCCAUUCUGUGGACGUACUUGUGCAAGCCAAUACGGAGAUUAUAAGUACAAAAAUUGUAAACGCGUCGGUUGCAACAAUUCUCCAUUCGUUGAUGCAAAUGGCAGAGUUCACCCUUAUUGUGGGAAAACUUGUGCAAAUCAUGAUAUAGCUUCUCGAAUGAAUAUGAAUACUCGUCCUUAUGAUCCUACGGAUGGAUUUGAUCCACCUCCCGCUUACUUACCCCCUUCGAAUAAUAAUAAUAAUUACUUUCCUAAUACAUUACGUAAUUCAAACGUUUCUUCCUAUUCUACUAUCCCUUCUGAGGAUUGUGUCGAUGUUCAAACUGAAUUAUUCACGUGA